AUGGAUCUAAAAAUAAAAAAUCCUGAGUUCUGGUACAGUCUCCAUGGCCAGGUCCCAGGGCUGCUGGACUGGGACAUAGGAAAUGAGUUCUUCCUGCCUUGCACCACAGACCAGUGCCCCUUAGCUGAGCAGGACCUUGACAAAUACAGACUCAGAGUAAUGGAGACCGUAGAAUUACCUCAAGAUAGGAGACCCGGUCCUGAAAAAGAUAGUCCUAACUCUGAACCGAACCUGUGGAUGUGGGUGAAUCCCAACAUUUUGUGCCCCCUUGGCAGCCAGGAGGCCCCAAAGCCCAGUAAGAAAAAGGAUCUGGCAAGCAUACAUCCUUCCCCUCAGCUACUCCCAAAGGAUGAAGUGUCUAACUGCUCAAAGACCACAGUGAUGGAGUCCCUGCCAUCUUCCUGCAGCAAGCAGUCUCCCCCACAGAAGAAGUUCACCUCUUCCCCCAGUGACUGGGAGCUCACAGAAGAGGAGACUGAGGAACAAGAUAACAACACCUCUGUGGCCCUCCAAUCCCCAAACAAAGGGGAGUGCUUCCAGAGCCAGAAGCUAUGGCAAGGCGACAUCCAGGAGAGGAAGUCCUGGCCCCAGCCGCCCCUCAGUUGCAGUCAACUAAUUGCUCUGGCACUAAGAAACGGCCCCCCAUGUGGCCUCCGUGUGCAAGAGAUCUACAGUUUCACCCAACAGCAUUUCCCCUUUUUCUGGACAGCUCCAGGUAGCUGGAAGAACAACAUCCGCCGCAACCUCUGCUUCCUGGGCAGAUUUGAGAAGGCGCCAGUGCAUGGGACCAAUGCAAGGACAAGGUCUGUACUCUGGAGGCUUACUGAGGAGGGACACUGCCACUUUCAGAAGAAGACUCGUGCCUUAGCCUCCGCUAAGAGGGAGAGCAUUCAACAGUGCAUGAGCCAGCCAGAUAUGAUGACCUCCCUCUUUGACCUUUGA